CCGCGUUCUCGGCACCCGCAAACGCAAACGCGCGCGGCUUCCACGGUUCCUCUACGCGCCGCUCAUUCCCCUCCCCGUCCGUCCACUCCCGCAGGCCUCCGGGACGCGCCGCGCCGCGCCGCGCGUGCGACGUAGGAACCGGCCGUUGAUUCCAUCCAAUCCCCAAGCAUGGGCACGGGAGAGGACGACGACGUGACGACGGCAGAACCAGGCGGAGAGGAUCAGCAGACGCGGGAGGCAGGAGAGGGAGGAGGGGUGGUGGCGAGCCUGGUGGGCAAGGCCAAGGGGUUCGUCGCGGAGAAGAUCGCGCAGAUCCCCAAGCCCGAGGCAUCGCUAGAGCGGGUCUCGUUCAAGAGCAUCAGCCGCGAGGGCGUCGCGCUCCACAGCCAUGUCGACGUCAGCAACCCCUACUCGUACCGCAUCCCGAUCUGCGAGCUCACCUACACGUUCAAGAGCGACGGAAAGGUCAUAGCAUCAGGCACGAUGCCUGACCCGGGCUGGAUCGGCGCGAGCGGCACCACGAAGCUGGAGCUGCCGGUGAAUGUGCCCUAUGACUUCGUCAUGUCAUUGAUGAAGGAUCUGAGCGGGGACUGGGACAUCGACUACGUGUUGGAGGUCGGGAUCACCAUCGACCUCCCCGUCAUCGGCACCUUCACCAUCCCGGUCAGCACCGAGGGGGAGAUGAAGCUCCCCACGUUUCGGGAUUUGUUUUGAACAAUUUAGCUGCACGCUGUUUUGCCCCACCUUAACCCUGGGUGUAAAAAAACACUGUCAACGACGAGGCCUUUGACGGUCCGGUUGUCUGAUCCGUGGAUGACUGUUGAAAUUAGAUUUGUGCUGCAAGUCUUGGCAUUCUUUUUUGGGAAAA